GCGCCGAUUCGCACGUUGAUUGGCUGGUGGCCUGAGCGAUCCUACUGCGGAAAUGGGACGCUCUGUUCCUCAGCCUGCCUUCGAUUCGAGAACAUGUAUAGCACGGCCGCCCCGCGACCACCCUAUCCACCAGGCCGCCCGAAAAUGGCGACGGGCUCUCUUCAGUUUAGCUUCGACUUCCCCAUGCUUCUCUGAUCAAUGACAACGUCGCGUUCCUAAUAAGACGGGCCUCGUGAGGGUCUGCCCCGCCAUCUCCUCGCUUGUCUUUCCUCAGUGCCUGCGCACCGUGUGCUGAACGUUGAGAUGCUGGCGGUCCUCCAGCUCGCCCUGCUCAGCGUAGUCGCGCUCGCAUCGCCUGCUCCUGCUGACCUCGUCAACAGAGAUGGCAUCCAGAGCCCGUUCGCUGGCCCGCCCGUCGCCUACUACAACCCUGUCGACCUCGGGGGCACCAUGUUCGACAACACUGGCAAUGGACUCGGCGAGCCUCUGAAUGUCAUCAUCUCGGGCCUCAGCUCUCCGGAACUGAUUGAUGGCGGGCUCGACGGAAUCGUCAACUACGCACGUGCAAUAGGGUUCUCUAAGGAAUGUCUCGACAUCCACCUCGGCUCCCCAUUCUCCGCCAACCUGGGCGACGGCCACGGCGCGGUCAACCAGACGAUCGAGCUCCGGCAAGACUACGGGAGCUCGGAGAUCGGCACCUGCCUCGAGAGCCUCAUCGGCGGGAACCACUUCAGGGUGUACAUCCAGAACGGGCCGUUAGCGAACAGCGGUGCGCUCUUCCUCGCCGUGUCGAAAGAAGAGGACGUCGAGACGGGCCACGACAUCACCCCGGACGGGUACAACGUCGGGCGUGACCAACUCGUCGCGCACGCGAUCGGCGCGAAGUCGUUCGACGACAUCACGUACUACACCGUCGCGCAGAACAUCACAGGCCUGAUGCCCGCCGGGAGCGCGGGGGUCAACCACGGCAUCGCUGUGGACGGUAUCGUCACGCUUCUGACCGUCUCGGUGAACGCGCGCGCGGAGUAACGAAAGGGAGCAUGGAUUUCUCGAGGAAUGUGUUUGGUGUGUUGAUAACAGUGACGAUCCGGUCUUGGAACUAUACCCCGUCAGACAAUGUAUUGUAUCGCGAAGCAUAUACGGUUAUAUCACAUUGGGCACCUUACCCCGAAUUUGUGGACACAA